AUGGCGCCCUCUGCGACUGAUGAUGGCAUUCCCGCCUCCAAACUGCCCCCGCCUAGGGAAUACCCCCCAGCCAACAUCUUCCCCAUGAGGGAGGCUCGCUUCGACAAGCCCAUGGCCAUCCAGCACGACGGCCGUGAGAAGGCUCUCGCUCGGCCUCAGGGCACCUCCGCUAUUGUCAUCGAUAACGGCUCCAAUGCUGUCCGCGCCGGCUGGUCCUUUGAGGACAAGCCGCGCAUGAGCAUCCCUCCCAUCAUGUCCAAGUACCGCGAUCGCAAAGCUGGCAAGACGUAUUCCUUUGCCGGCAACGACUGCUACGCCGACGCCAACUCGAGGAGUCACGUUCGAAAUGCGUUUGAGCAGGGCACUGGCGUCGUCACAAACUGGGACGCCAUGGAGCAUGUGCUCGACUACAUCUUCCUCAAACUCGGCAUGAACAGCGCCGAGGGCAACAUUGACAUGCCCAUCGUCAUGACCGAGGCUGUCGCCAACUUUUCCUACGUCCGCAAGACCAUGAACGAGACGCUCUUCGAGUGCUACGGCGCCCCCUCCGUCGCCUACGGCAUCGACUCGCUCUUCUCCUAUCGCCACAACAAGGGCUCCACCGGCCUCGUCGUCUCCUCGUCCCAUACCUCGACCCAUGUCAUCCCCGUCUACAACCAGAAGGCCAUGCUCGCCCAAGCCACCCGCCUGAACUGGGGCGGCUGGCACUCGGCCGAGUACCUCCUCAAGCUCCUUAGGCUCAAGUAUCCCGCCUUUGUCGGCAAGCUGAGCCCCUCGCAGGCCGAGCACAUGGUGCGCGAUCACUGCUAUCUCUCUGCCGACUACGAUAACGAACUCUCCGGCUACCUUGACUGGACUGGCCUUGAGGACCGCGACGUCGUCAUCCAGUACCCCUACACCGAGGAGGUCAUCAUCGAGAAGACGGAGGAGGAGCUGGCCAAGAUUGCCGAGCGCAAGAAGGAGAGCGGUCGCCGCUUGCAGCAGCAGGCUGCCAAGAUGCGUCUUGAGAAGCUCAUGCGCAAAGAGGAGGAGCUCGAGUACUACAAGAAGCUCCAGUCCCGUCUCGAGGCCCUCACCAAUAAGAAGGAUGUUCGCCGCCUGCUCGACGCCGAUGAGCUCAAAGACGAGGCGGCCCUCGAGAAGACGAUCGCUGUCCUCGACAAGGCCGUGCGCAAGGCCCGCACCAAGGACGUCGGCGGCGAGGAGGAGGAGGAGCAGCAGGCGCCGCCCAACUUUGACCUCCUCGACGUUCCCGACGACCAACUCGACGACGCCAGCAUCAAAGCUAAGCGACAGCAGCGCCUCCUCAAGUCCAACCACGACGCGCGCGCGCGCGCGAAAGCCGAGAAGGAGGCGGAAAAGGCCCGCAUUGCCGAGGCAAAACGCCUUGAUGAGGAGCGCCGCGAGAACGACCUGGAGGGCUGGCUCGACGAGCGCCGCCAGAAACGCGCCGACGCGCUGCUCAAGAUGAAGGAGCGUGAUCGCCUUAAGCAGGACCUCGGCAACCGUAAAUCCCUCGCCUCGCAGUCGCGCAUGAAGACCAUUGCCAACCUUGCCGCCGACGAGCCCACGCGCAAGCGACGCCGUGGCGGAAACGACGACACGUUUGGUGCCGACGACGACGACUGGGGUGUCUACCGCACCAUCACCGUCGGCGACAACAGCGACGACGAGCAGGAGGAGGAAGAUUUGCAGGCCAACCUCAAGUCCUACGAACACGACCUCCUCCGCUACGACCCGGACUUCACCUACGAGCACACGCACGAGGCCCAGCUCGACUGGUCCAAGUCGAUGCUCCACGCCUUUGCCCGCGGGCCGCGCCCCUUUGACACGGCGUCCCAGGCCGAGGCGAACCAGAUCCACCUCAACGUCGAGCGCAUCCGCGUGCCCGAGGUCGUCUUCCGGCCCUCCAUCGCCGGCGUCGACCAGGCCGGCCUCGUCGAAAUCACGGGCGACAUUCUGACCCACCGCCUCGUCGACCAGGUCGGCGGCAGCGACGCCUUUCUGAAGGACGUCUUCCUGACGGGCGGCAACACGCUCUUCAAGAACUUUGACCAGCGCCUGCGCGACGGGCUCGCGGCACUGCUGCCGGCGGGCGCGCCGCUGCGGACGCGUCGCGCGGCAGAUCCGCUGCUCGAUGCGUGGAGGGGUGCCGCCGAGUGGAGCGGCGGCGACGCGUGGAAGGCCGCCGCCGUGACAAAGGCCGAGUACGAGGAAAAGGGGCACGAGUACCUCAAGGAGCAUGAUUUGGGAAACAGCUGUCCCCCUGUAUGA